AUAUGAUUAAAGGGGACCCGGUUACCUCUCUUUUUUUGAUCCACCGCCCAGUCUCUAUCUUGUGGAUCGCCAAUUCUGGCCGUCCUUCGAAGAGAACGAAAACCCUAAUUCCGAUCUCCAGAACCAGCAAACCCUAGAAUCUCUCCAAAUCCAAAUCCGCAGCCGGCAAGAGAGAAGGGCGAUGGGAGGGCACGGAGGCCUCAACAUAUUGCCGCAGAAGCGGUGGAACGUCUAUAACUACGAGAACCGCGAGAAGGUCCGCCGCGACGAGGAGGCUGCCGCCCGCGAGGAGCAGCUCAACCGCGAGCAGUCCCGCCGCCGCGACUUCGAAUUCCGCCUCGAGCGCCUCCGCCAGGCCCGCGGCCUCUCUUCCUCAUCCGCCUCCGCCGUUGCAGCCGCUGCCGCCGCCGCCGACACGCCUUCCUCCGAUUCCCGCCACAUCAACCUCUUCGACGGCCUCGCCGACUUCUCCUCUCUUGGCAGCGCCCAGGAGGAAUCCAACAAGUACAGGAAAGACGAGGCCGAAGACGGCGGUUCCAAGAAAUCCAAGAAGAAAAAGAGGGAGGAGAGGCCCCCGGCGGUGUCGCCGGAGGACGAGAAGUACAAGCUGGGGUACGGCCUGGCCGGGAAGGGCGUGAAGGCGCCGUGGUACCUCUCGAGGUCGUCGUCCUUGUUGUCAGAAGACGUUGAUGAGGGGAUCGAGGGUUGGAGCUCUUCGGCGAGCGUGGAUGGAUCCGGGAAGAAGAAUGGGGGGAAGAGGACGAUAGAGGAGCUGAGGGAGGAGCGGAUGAGGAGGGAGAAGCAGGAAAAGGAAAGGGAGCGGGCGCUCCUUGCAUCGGCAACAAAGAAGGGAACGGAUCGAGGGUUUUCUAGGCGGCACCUGCGAAAUGAAAGCUAAGCAGCGGUAAGGGGACUCAUUCAGUGAUUCUGGCAAAGUCUUGCUCUGAAGGAUCAUUCUUCUUCUGGAAGAAUGAUUUUUGAUGAGAAGGUUCUGAAUAUGGAGGACUCUCAUAUGCAUGUAAAUUGUUCUUUUUCCUAUUCUUAAAUGUUUGGUGGAUUAUGAUGAUGAAGUGCUGUACUUUGUGUUACUUUAUUCUCUAACCGACUGAAACUAGAGAAUAGUGGUUUCUGGAUCUAUAUGAUGAUGUAACUUCUGAAAUGGGACAGUUUUGGAGCAGAUCUCUAGUUAACAGCUGCACUUUUUAAAUGUCAAGAGAAGCACUAUCUUUUGUGUCAAUCGUCAAGCACGGCCUUUGAAACAUGUAUAUGGUCACAGCUGCAGUCUGCACCUUUGAUGGGCAAAAUGAGAAUUUGACAGGUCCUUGAUUCC